UGUGUCAGGAACAUCACGGUAUUAUCUUCAAAGAGCCUCCAACCUAUUCCAGGCGAUGGCGGUAAAUACACCGUGGAUUACGAAAAUGUUCAGCCGAGCUGGUCGGACUUCUACGCUUACAUCAAAGAAACCGUCGACGCCUGUCGGAAUUUGAAACAAUUUGGGGGCCUCGUGAAUGAUUUCUGGCUGGGAAAUGACGGAAAUUAUAAAGUGUGUCUGGACGAGGGCGUCGCGCCCACUCCAGGCUCCUGCACCGUCCUCUCCUUCGGCAUCAACAACGAGUGGAGCUUUGACGACGCCAUGGAGGCGUACGGCUGUGAUGUGUACUCCUUCGACCCCACCAUGAGUGACCCCGAGCACAUCCGAGGCAAGAGGGUUCACUUCUACCCUCUGGGCCUCGGCAGUGUCACCCAAGAAGUCACCAUUGGCUUCUCCAAAUGCAAGGUCCUCACCUAUCGUGACAUCCUAGCAAAGAUCGGCAAGACGAACUCAGUCAUCGACUACUUAAAGGUUGACAUCGAGGGCCACGAGAUAGACUUUCUAGAGAACGUGCUCUACGACGACCCGGAACUACUCUUCAGAGUCAAGCAGAUCGGCAUAGAACUACAUCCACAUCCAUUGAUGUUCAUAACUAAAAUGUCGGAGACAAAGCAGAAGUACUGGAGGCUCGCCCACAAGCUGCGAAGUUUAGGUUUCACACCGAUAUUCAGUGAGCCCACUCCUCUAUGGUUCUGCUUAUUCACGUACGAUGGAAAAACAGAAUCGUGUUGUUAUGAAAUUGUGUGGAUUAAUAACCGCUUUGUGAAGAAAUGAGUUUUUAUUCAAAGUUUAUAACAAACAAUUUCUGAGACGUUUCGUAUUAUAACUAAAACCAUAAGGGUAAGAAUCACAAAUGCAAGUCGUUAGGAAUGAUACUAGUAUAAGCAUGGUACACGUUACAAAAUAUAUAUCGAGUAAUGCAUAACAAGCUUGUUCAAUUUUAAUUGUUUUUACCACGUUUUUCUUAUUUUCGCUUCGUGUU